GCAUUGCCAGCCCGGCAGCCCAGUCUCUGGUAUCAGAUCCUCCUGGAGGGAGGGGGCUUUGCUCUUAUUUAAAGUCACUGACUAGCCAACUCAGGCUCACUCUGCAAGAGCGCUGAGCCAGCCGGCUGUGCAGGGGAGCUCAGAGCCGGCACGAUGGCGUCUGAGCUGGAGCGCGCCAUGGAGGGGCUGAUCGCCGUCUUCCACAACUACUCGGGCAAGGAGGGCGACAAGCGUAAGCUGAGCAAGAAGGAGCUGAAGGAGCUGCUGCAGAAGGAGCUGGGCUGCUUCCUGGAGACCCAGAAGGACGCGGGCACCGUGGAUGGCAUCAUGCAGGAACUGGAUGAGAACCGUGACGGGGAGGUGGAUUUCAAGGAGUACGUGAUGCUGGUGGCCGCUCUCACCGUGGCCUGCAACGCCUUCUUCUGGGAGGACACCUGAGCGGGGAGCCUGCACCUCCUGGAGUCCCCUAGAGCCACACCCCACACUCCACCCCCGUUUUGAGCCAGCCACCGGCAUCCCCUCUAACCAGCUAGACAGAGCUACUCAUUAAAGGCACCAAACCCGC